AUGCAUUUUUCUAAGCUUUCUCUUCUCCUAGGACUAGUCAGCUCGCUGGCCAAUGCCGCUGCACUCCCACCAGCAGAAUCUGAUGUAGAAAAACGUGCUGGGAACUAUCGAUCUGUGGCAUACUUUGUUGAUUGGGCUAUUUAUGGACGAAACUUUCACGUCCAGAACUUGACCAACAUCGCCUCUUCGCUUACCCACGUACUAUAUUCCUUUGCCGAUGUAAAUUCCGGCACCGGCGAGGUGGUUCUUACGGAUAGCUGGGCGGAUCUCCAGAAACACUAUGACGGCGACUCCUGGAGUGACACCGGGAACAACGCCUAUGGAUGCGUCAAACAAUUGUACUUGCUGAAAAAGGCAAACCGCAAUCUCAAGUCAUUGCUCUCGAUCGGAGGCUGGACAUACUCGCCCCAUUUUAGCACCGCGACUGCGUCUGCGUCAACCCGUACUACAUUUGUCAAAUCCUCAGUUGGCUUUCUCAGGGACUUGGGUUUGGAUGGCAUUGACAUUGACUGGGAGUAUCCCACCAACAGCACUGAGGCGGAUAACUUUGUGGCUCUGCUCAAGGAGCUCCGUGAGGCGCUAGACGAUUAUGCUGCUCAGUAUACCCCUGGCCAGCACUACCUGAUAAGUGCAGCUGUUCCAGCCGGGCCGUCCAACUACGAAAAGCUGCACAUCUCAGACAUGGACAAAUACUUGGACAUGUGGAACCUGAUGGCCUACGACUACAGUGGCUCUUGGGACACUGUCGCAGGAAAUGACGCGAAUUUGUACAACUCGACCAAGUACCCAAACUCCACGCCUUACAACACUGACCAAGCCAUUUCGUACUACAUCGCCAACGGGGCUACUGCCAGCAAAAUCAACCUCGGAAUCCCGCUGUACGGACGCUCUUUCACCAACACCGAUGGCCCCGGCACCAAUUUCACCGGCGUGGGCAGCGGUUCGUGGGAGGAUGGAGUGUGGGACUACAAGGCCCUCCCCCAAUCUGGCGCGACCGUAUCCUACGACAACUCGUCUGUUUCUUCAUGGAGCUAUGACAGCUCGCAACGCCUCAUGAUCAGCUACGAUACGCCGUCCAUUGUCCAAACCAAGGGGGACUACAUCAUCAGCAAGGGUCUCGGCGGUGGUAUGUACUGGGAGAGCAGCAGUGACAAGACAGGCUCUGAGAGUUUAAUUUCCACGCUCGUCAACACUCUUGGUGGCACCGGUGCAUUGGAGCAAGUGAAGAACGAGCUCAGCUAUCCUGCGUCUCAGUAUGACAACGUGAAGAAUGGAAUGGCGUAG